GACAUGCAGAGGGAGAGUCGAUGCCUGGUGUGCGCAUGUUCCGCCGUGGGUCCUUACGCAGUGAAAGAUUCAAUGUUCGUGCGGGUGUAAUUGUCGUUUGUCAUGUGAUUCUGGACACUAACCGCAGUAUGUCACGUCGAAAUAACAUCGGCGAGUGAGACACAAGUGUACGUUGAACGUCGUUUCACUGGUUAAACCGAACCGGCGGCUUUUGUUUACAAAGAGGAGGGGAGGGGCAACUUGCACGAGGUACCCGGAGCGUGGAUGCUGACUGCCAGGCAGUUUCCCGCGCGACGCACGUGAGUUGGGCGAGCCUGACGAGGACCCAUAACCUCAAGAAAUAAAUUCGGCAGGUGUGAUGUACGGUGAAUCGUCAAAAUGUCAAUGUGGUGAAACGUUUCGUUUCCUGUUGUAAGGAUCGUAGAGAACUGAAUAUGCCCGUUGUUCGAGAACGUCCAAUAACUCCAUGUGAAACGAGGUAGUUUUCGUGUUCCCCGCUUUGUUCAGAGAGAGAGAGAGAGAAAAAAAAAGGCGCGAAAGAUGAUGGACGAAAUGGAGAAUAUUAACGUCAACGAGACACCGCGCAUCUCGAUAAAUUCGACAAAUCGUAGCUGGUAUGACAGCGUUGAUAGCGGUUACGUGUCCCUCACUCCUCAGUCCGGUGGCUAUACGCCGAUUAUUUCAGGAUACAAAUCCAGGGUGUCAUGUAUCUCGUCGAAGAGGCAUCACAGAAUACGAUUAGAUCCUCUUCAAUCGGAUUUGCGUACCCAGAGGCACAGUACGCCUCAAAUGAUAACUCAGGUCUCGCCCAGGCGGAAAACGUCGUCGCCGGUACCACCGUCUCAUAUCGUUCUGUCGCCAAACUAUAUAAACGCUAGUCCACCGAUUAGUUCGACGGACACUCAAAAGCCAAGUAAAUACCCGAUUACGAGUCUCGCUACGAUCACCGAGAUCAAACCAAAGAGGUUGGACUUCAGUCAUUGCGCGUUGUCCGGUGCUUUGCAUUACACAAGAGCCACGCCGGAUUACACGGGUAGAGAAACGGUGGAUAUAUUGUCGCUUCUUGGCGACAGGAGCAAUCAUUGGAGAAUCGUGUCCAAGAUACUGUCGUUUCUCGGGCCGCAGGAUCUCUGUUCGGUCAGCAUGGUGUCGAAAACGUGGAGGACAAUUUGCAUGAACGACUCGAAAGCCAAUACCAGAAGACUGAUCCACGUAAUACUCAGAAAGAACGUCAAAGAGAAUCUGAAGCUGAUCAAAAAGUCGAAGAUAGAGGGGGACAUUCAAAGCAGCCCUAAAAGCAGGUACGCCAGGAAAGGAUAUUUGCUCGAGGUGCAGAAUCUUCUUCAAGUACCGGGGAACCAGCUACCACCUGGCAGUCCACCUGUUUCUCCCAGCAAAGUGAAAUUUCACUCUUUCGUCAAGGAGGAUGCACAUUUGUAAGCGAGACGUAAGCAC